AUGGUCCACACCCGUGGGCAAGGAGCCCGACCCGAGGGCUUCUCGGAGUACCAACCACCAAAACGUGAGCAAAAGGUUGCGCCUAGGGCACCUAUGGCGCCUCUCAUUGGUUCCCAUUCAUCAUCCUCUUCCUCCCUUUUCCUCGCCGUGGACCUGUCUGCCCUGACGGGGGCGGCAACAAUCAGGGCGUCUGCCCAGACGCGAACCCUGUGUAGGGAUGCGUCCACCCAAACGGACGCUGAGCUGACGUGCAAAUGCCACCUAGAGCCUGCGAGCGCGAAGCGACGACGAGAGCCCGACGAUGGCGCCGCCCAGGCCGCGUCGAAGCGGCACAAAGCCAUCACCCCAGAACAACCGAAGUUUCUGUUCUCAAAGACUCGAAACCGAAGCCUCCUAACCUCUGCGCCCUCAAAACUCAGCUCCCGACACGAGUCCCCCUUCUUUCAUCGCACUUUGGAACCCACAAGUCCAGAAUCCAGCCCGGCUAACACAGAGGAACGUCCCAUCUCGCAAGAACGACCGAGGCCACAGCAACCAGGCACUCCCGCCCCAGCUGCAGCACAAAGUGGCAUUAUGGGAAGUGUGAGGAAACUUUUUGGCUACUUCACAGGUAGUAGCACACAAGGCCCGGCAGAAAAUGUCGGGCAACACCAACAACCACCAUCACCACCGCAACAAAGCAGUCUUAUUGACCAAGACCAAACACAAGAUGGAGACACAACUGCCAGAGAAUCACAGGAAUUUUCCGAACAAGGCAGUCCUACCCCUGCUCCACGCAUUACUAUCAACGAACCUGACUCACCUACUCGUGGCUCUCCCCUUCUUGAUAGCAGAAUCCUUACUCGCGAAUAUCUCAAGAGACGCAGAACCGCAAACACCAUUGGAGGUCGUGAACAGUUGGCAGCCAUGGCCGAUAGCACAGAAAGCAGAGCAGCAGACUUCAACCCUGCUGAAACGCCAGGUACCAACAAGCGCAAACUCACUUCAGUUGAAGGCCAAAUUCCAGGUCCGAAAAGAGGUGGUUUUGGAAUUGAUGACAGCUAUCUCGACGUGGAAAAUGAAGUUGAAGGUAUCGGUGAAUCCUCGUUGACAAAAACCCAACCUGCCACACCCGCAACGAAACUUCUACCGCAAACUCCUCUGCGCUCGGCAAUGAGACAGACCGGUACAGACUUCGGCACAGUCGGACGAUCCGUCAAAUCAGUGCGCAUCAACCCAAUUGAUUCGGUCAAAGCUGUCUACGGCCAGUAUGGUCGCUCUGGAGACUAUCGUGGCAGCACAUUCGCUGACCUUGAAAGUCAAUCACCAGACUCCUCAUCUUCUCUUCCAUUUGACGUGCAGCACAUACACUUGCGGACGACAAUUCAGAAUACCAGAAACACAUUCCGACUCGAUCCCAAUAUCAUCGAUCCCAAUGAUGACACCUGGCGACCAUCCCUCGCAAAUCCCAGACCCGGUCACUUCCGCGUUCCCGACUCGGAUGAGUUUGAAGAGGAAGAGGAAGAAGACACCCUCACGCUGCAUCAGGCGGCCGCACAGGAAGAAGUACCACCUCAACCUAGUACCCCUCGGAUGUCGCAUGCAGAACUCCCCCCAACUACUCAAUUCGAAUUAUCCGGAUUCACAGGACACACUGAUAGCAUCAUGGUGAAUGAGACGCAAGAGUUCAGACUCAACAAGGCGAGAUCAGAUGCACAGAAAUACAAACCUGCCAAAUCUUCCCGGCUUUUCAUGAGCGAGAAAGCUCGAUCGCGUUCAUCGUCUCCACCAGGCUCAGAAACAGAAUUGACAGAAUCUCAGAUCGAGACUAGCGCAAUUGGCGGACAAUUCCAAGAGACACCAGUUCAGGCCAGUAGAAGACUUACAGUGUCAAGGCUCAUGGGCCGCGAAGAGUUGGACAACACCGUGAUUGGGCGAGACGGCAUGACCGACUACCAACGCGAGCACCAAUUUGACGCAUGGGUAGAAAACCUCCUAAAUGGUGGUAAUGCCCCGUCACCACAGACAUACGUUGAAGCCGGGAUCGCAUCAUCGUAUGUGGAAUCACUUUUACAAAAGACAUGGACAGAGAGAGAUACCAGAGAAUCGAUUGAGUUCUGGGAUAGAGAGUUUGAGGAAGGGUUGAGGGCUGCACGGCAGGCAACCGCUCAGGGAAGGCAGUUGCUUUGGGUGACUGAUCCCGAAGAGAUCUUGGAUUUUGAACGAAAUGGAUAUUGA